UACCAUGGACGGUAUAUGAAAGAUUGUUUUGAGGAGGGUGGAUGCGUUAGCACAGAUAUCUAGCACGCUAGCUAGCUCAUAAUCCUUUGUUUUUUUUACAAUAAUAACGGUAUUUGUUACUUAAUUAGUUAGCUAACAGCUUGUUAUAGCUACGUGGUUGAUUAUUUUGUAAAAGUUGCCGCAAGAUUAUGUCCUUCUAUGUUGACAGCUUGGAUGUGCCAUGGAGGAGUUAGAAUGAUGCCAUCCUAAGAGUGGAAAUAUACCAUAUUGUUAGUGGACACAAUGCUGGCCAGGCGUCAUGGGCCACAGGAGGCCUUUGGUGUUAUGGAGAAAAUGCCACAAAGGAGAAAUUAUCAGUGUGUCACAUGCUUUAAAAACUUUUCGGCCCCUUCCAAACUACAGAGGCACAUCCUUUCACAUACAGGACAAAGACCGUUUGGGUGUCACCUCUGUGAAAAAGCUUUUCGACAACCAGCACACUUGAAAUUCCAUCUUAACACACAUCUUCAUCCUAAAUAUGCUGAACAGAAGAAGGCCAAUGUAAAGUCUACUACGGAUCCAAGUGAAUCUGGAAAAGAUUCUCCCAUGAAGGCAAUUCAUUUAAAUGCGUGUUUGCAGACGGGCACCUUGGAGACCGUGAACGCAGAGGAACCAUUGGAAGUGGGCGUCAGUCCAACUGCAUGUACCAGCGGAGUUGAGGAGAUCUCCUGUGGCUGUAUUGCCGAACUCAAUCCUCCCCAGUCUGACGUCGAGCCAUUUGAGAAGCAGCACACAGGAGAAGAACCACAUAGGAGCCAUGAUGACUGGAGUGAAAAUGAGAAACCGACGCUGUAUAAGGAUGGAGUCACCAAAGUCGAAAUGAUGGAUAAGCAUGAAAAAGUAGAGAACUCAAACUCUCAUAAAUGCCCUGAGUGCUUUAAGUCCUUCAGCGCUCCGUCCAAAUUAAAGAGACACUGCCUUAUUCACACAGGCCAGAAACCAUUUCAGUGCUACCUAUGCCGGCGUGCUUUUAGGCAGCUGGCACAUCUGAAAGUGCACUACAGCAUUCACUCAGGAGCUGCCAAGUCGAAAAAGCCCUCACUACCACGACAUAGUCUCCUAUCUCUCUCCCAACCCCAGAGAGCAAAAACCUGGCCAAGGAACUAUCCUUGUUUUGUUUGUGGAAGGAGAUUUAAACAGAAGAGGCAUUUAAUAGUCCACCAGCAAACCCAUGUUUCAGAGGCUGCUGUGUACCCUGGGAAGUUAAAUAGAACCACUAAGGCCUUCCCUCCUGAUACUGACUGUUCAUCCCAAGUAGAUCUCCAGAACUCUGAAUGUUCUAUAAGUUACAACACAGAGCUUAAUGGUAAGAGACAAGUAAAUGAUGGUUUACAGAACUUAUCAGAAAAAUUGCAUAAUGGUGCAAAAUGUGCAUCUCAGGAGCCCACUGAGCUCCCUUUCUCUAACGAAAAUAGAAACAAGUCAUUUUUGUCCAAUGGCACCAGUCAGACGAACAGAAGUAAGGUAAGGGAUAAUCAGUGCAUGAUUUGUCUGAAGAGGUUUGACUAUCCCUCCAAACUUUCCCGACAUCUUUUGGUCCACAUGGACAUUAAGCCGUUUGGAUGCCCUGUCUGUAGUAAGUCCUUCAGACAGCUCUGCCAUCUACAGACUCAUAUGAAGGCCCACUACGCACGAAAUAACAAUGGUGGUGCAAAAAGUGUCCAAAAUGUGCCUGACCAGCCAGGGGUUAUUCAGUUUAAGGAGAAGCUUGUUUCUAACGUGAAGACCGAUCAAACUGAAGACCUAGACAAUGUUUCUCAGCCUCAGGAAGCCUGUGCGGACCUUAAUGAAGGUGGUUAUUUCCAGGGUCCAUAUGUUGAACCUGUCAGACCUACCUUCAGUCAUUCCCCCGACAACUACGACGCCCAACAACCCGCGUGGAACCUAAGUGGGAAGGUUCCACCCGGAUUGGACUGUGACACCGUGGACAGGAAGACCGCAGCGGAGCUGUUGUCUCUCAGACCAGAACAUGACCCGGGUGGUAAGGGUAACGCUGGCCCGUUAGACUGUACACCGGUACACCAAGCACUGAAAGCUAUUGAUACGCAAAAGGGUCCCGUCUCACAAAAGAGACCCACAAUCCUCGGCAGCGGGCGUUAUUGUUGUCCGGUUUGUUCGAAGCUCUUCGACGCUCCCUCCAAGCUCCAGCGUCAUUCCCUGAUCCAUACAGGACUAAGGUCCUAUGAGUGUCCAGUUUGUCCCAAAACGUUUAGACAAAAAGCGCACCUGAAAGUGCACCAGUCUGUUCAUGAGCAAGGGAGAGAAGCGAAACCGUCGACCACUAACGAAGGCCGGCCCGCCGAGCCUUUAUCACAACUGAGAAGGAGCCUGUGUUCAAAUGGAAAGGGGCCAUCAAGUGGCGCCGAUCUCUCGGCUGUCCCUCCAACUCCGUCCAGCUGCUCCCCAACAAACGAUGCUGACAGCCAACCACCGCCUUCGGUUGCACCUAGGAAAUCGGGGGGAUACCAGUGCAUGGCCUGUCUGAAGAAGUUCGACUAUCCUUCUAAACUCUCGCGACAUCUAUUGGUUCACAUGGGCAUCAAGCCUUUCAAGUGUACCAUCUGUACGAGGUCCUUUAGACAGCUGUGCCAUCUACAGUCUCACAUGAAGCUGCACAGUAAGACCAGUCAGCAGGGAGAGGAACAUCCGAGGAACCUCCACUUGACUCAACCUCCCCCAGAGGACGCAACUGUUUCCGCGGGGCACGUCUUUACAGCGGGUCUUUAUCAAGACGAACACAACCAAAGUUUUGAAAAUAAUGACCAAAACAUCAAUUACAAACAGAGUGCUCACUGUGGCGAAUCCUACACACCCUUCUGUUCAGCAGAAAGCACAGACGAAUCAACAGACGUCAACGGAAAGCAUGAACCAGCCCCUGUAGUGUCAGAGGGCAUUAAAAGCAUGAAGACUGAAAUUAGCUGCUUAGUGGAACAGAAAUGUACACCAUCACCUCAGCUGGUAAAGAGCGACUGGAAUGUUACUGAGGAGAAACAUGUGGAAAAGUUUCCCUCGGAUGAAUAUUACCUGCAGCAAAACCACCCCCAGCUUCCUAACUGGUUAAGCCCGUAUCCAUAUAAUCAGGAAACCUCCAAAAACAAACAGGCAUAUGCAAUUCCUAACCCCAGUUUUCCAUACACGGAGGACAGCUCCGACCUGGUUGAAAAGCAGGAGAUCCUGAGUGAUGUCAAUCAGAAGUUAAAUCAAUAUUCCCCCCCUUUAUCGUCUCCUGACGCCCCCUCGCAGUAUGAAGCGAAAGAGGAGGCGGGGUUGGAGGUCGGGCUUGGGUCGGAGUUCAAUGUGGCAUACAAGUCCGAACCUCCCAACGACCUCCACGUCUGCACAGGCUGUAGUCAGUGUUUUGCCACUGAGAGGAAACUGAGUCAACACCGCUGUUCUCAGAGAUAUGCAGAGAAAGAGAGACCGGCUAGCUCUUACCAAUGCGCUAUCUGUUUCAAAAGCUUUGAGGCUCCCUCCAAAUUGAAAAGACACUACGUCAUCCACACAGGCCAAAGGCCAUUUCAGUGUACCCUGUGUGGAAGGGCUUUCACCCAGGCAGGCCAUUUGAAGACACACUUGCAGAUCCACAGGUGAAAGACUUGGGAACAUGGUCUGGGACUCGUCCGGGGACUCUAAUCACAGAUCUGUAUGUACAUUGCCCUGCUCAUUUACUCAUCUACACAAGCUUUUAGUAUUAUAGAAUAUGGAAGUCCACUAUUUUCAUGAUGAUACUUGUUUACCAGAUUUUCUUGAUGUGGAUCUUUUAGCUGUCAUAGUGUUUACUGAGUUUGAACCAUACAUAAAUAGUGUGUGAUGUUUUGAUUGACUUUAAAAAUCGGCCUAUUGAUAAGGGGAUUGAAUAUUACACACAUGAAUUGUACACAUACAAACAUCUGCCUGGCCAUAUCAUUAUGUUUCUAUUUCAUUAUAGCUGAAAAUGUACAUCUUAUCUGUACUGAGGUAGACAUGGAUUUUCCUGAUGAUGGGACCAAUGCGGUCAGAUAACAUUUGGAAAGUCAUUCUGCAGUACCACUUCUUCACACUAGAUGGUGUCAUGUCUUUAUUUUUAGGUCUGUGGAAAUGCAUGAAGCAUCUGACUUAUGACUGUUGAUGACGUGUGGAGACUGUAUAAAUAAAUGUUUAUGUCACAUCCA